CGCCGCUUUACGGCCGCGCCACUGUCGCGCCGCGCCGCCCGCACGGAGGUCACCGGAGCCGCGGAGCGCCCGGCACGGCCCGGCACGGCCCGGCUCCAGCAUGUGGCGGGUGUUGGCGCGACGCGUGUCCCGGGGCACGGCCGGGGCGCCCGGCCUGGUGCGGCCCCGCCGAGCGCUGGGGGCCGGGGUCGGAGCCGGGGCCGGCCCGGCCCGGCGCGGCCCGGCCUGGGGUAGCCCCGCGCCUCGGCCGCUGCUGCCGCCGCCCGCCUGGCCCCGGCUGGUGCCGUGCCGCUGCUGCAGCCUCCCGGCGCACCAGAAGGUGGCCCUGCCAGCGCUGUCCCCCACGAUGCAGAUGGGCACCAUCGCGCGCUGGGAGAAGAAGGAGGGGGACAAGAUCAACGAAGGGGAUCUCAUAGCAGAGGUGGAGACAGACAAAGCCACAGUUGGCUUUGAGAGCCUGGAGGAAUGCUACCUGGCCAAGAUCCUGGUGCCAGAAGGAACAAGGGAUGUUCCUAUUGGGGCCGUAAUAUGUAUCACAGUAGAAAAGCCUGAAUAUAUCGAUGCCUUCAAAAAUUACACGCUGGAUUCUGCAGCAGCUGCUGCCCCCGCAGCCUCAGUGCCUCCCCCUCCAGCUGCAGCCCCCUCCCCACCACCUCAGCCUUCUCCUCAGGCCCCUGGCAGCUCUUACCCUCCUCACAUGCAGAUCACUCUCCCUGCCCUGUCACCCACCAUGACAAUGGGCACGGUGCAGAGGUGGGAGAAGAAGGUUGGGGAGAAGCUGAAUGAGGGAGACCUGCUGGCCGAAAUCGAGACAGAUAAAGCCACAAUAGGCUUUGAGGUGCAGGAGGAGGGCUACCUGGCCAAGAUCCUGGUGCCUGAAGGAACAAGAGAUGUGCCCUUAGGAGCUCCUCUGUGCAUCAUCGUGGAGAAGGAGGCUGAUAUCCCAGCCUUUGCUGACUACCAGGCUGCUGCAGUCACUGACAUGAAGGCUCCUCCUCCAGCUCCUCCUCCUCCUCCUCCACCGGUGACACCAACUCCUGCAGCUGCUCCUCCUCCUCCCCAGCCUGCUGCUGCUCCUGCUCCAGCAGCCCCCACAGUGGGGCCACCCCGCAAAGGAGGGAGGGUCGUGGUCAGUCCCCUGGCAAAGAAACUGGCAGCAGAGAAAGGAAUCGACCUUACCCAAGUGAAAGGUACUGGACCAGAUGGCAGAAUCACCAAAAAAGAUGUGGAGUCGUUUGUGCCAUCAAAGGCUGCUCCAGCUGCAGCACCAGAGGCAGUCCCUGCAGCUGCUGCAGUGGCACCCGAAGGGACCUUCACAGACAUCCCCAUCAGCAACAUUCGCAGGGUCAUCGCUCAGAGGCUGAUCCAGUCCAAACAAACGAUACCUCACUACUACCUGUCCAUCGAUGUAAACAUGGGAAAAGUCCUGGUGCUAAGGAAAGAACUCAAUCAGGAGGUCUCAGAUAACAUUAAGCUUUCUGUCAAUGAUUUCAUAAUUAAAGCUUCUGCCUUGGCGUGCUUGAAGGUGCCAGAGGCGAAUUCUUCAUGGAUGGACACAGUUAUUAGGCAGAAUCACGUGGUGGACGUGAGUGUGGCAGUGAGCACCCCGGCAGGGCUCAUCACCCCCAUCGUGUUCAACGCUCACAUCAAGGGCCUGGCUGCCAUCAGCAAGGACGUGGCUUCCCUGGCAGCCAGGGCCCGCGAGGGGAAGCUGCAGCCCCACGAAUUCCAGGGUGGUACUUUCACAAUUUCCAAUUUAGGAAUGUAUGGGAUUAAGAAUUUCUCUGCCAUCAUCAAUCCACCUCAAGCCUGCAUCCUGGCAGUGGGUUCCUCAGAAGAAAGACUAGUGCCAGCUGAUAAUGAGAAAGGCUUUGACGUGGCCAGCGUGAUGUCUGUCACCCUGAGCUGUGACCACCGUGUGGUGGACGGAGCAGUUGGAGCACAGUGGCUUGCUGAGUUCAAGAAUUUCCUUGAAAAGCCAGUAACCAUGCUGCUAUAAUUUAACCAUGCAAAGCAGAAUUUUCCUGGGUCACACUGUUGUGUUUUAAACAAGCUAUUUAGACUUUAGUGUUCAGACUUUAAGAGAGUUCCUUUUUUUUAUUUAAAAUAUGUAUUAUAUUAUCUGGUAAUGUUAUUUACCAGUCUGUACAGAAAAAAAAAAAAAGUUUGCAGAAGUGCUUUUCAGAGCAAUAUUACAGCUACACUGUAUUUUUAUACAGUUAGUUAACUUGCAAACUCUUCCAAAACAGAGUUAAGCAUCCCAGAUUAAAAAAAAUAAAAAAACAGCAAAAUGAUUAUCCUGGCAUUAUGCCAGCUGCUUCUAAACUCGGGUGCCCAGGGGGUGCACACCAACAGUUCCACGACCUCGGUGUUGUCAGAGAUUGGAAUUUCAAGCCUCUCUUCCAGGAGAGGUGGCCACAGGAAGGUGCAGGAGGAGGGCAGCUCCUCGUGGCAGUGCUGGGUGGGGAGUGCCCAAAAGCCUCUCUGGAAUCCUGCGUGGCCGGGGGCUGCAGGAUCCCCCUGGAGCACUUGAGGGUGAAAAAGCUCUGCUGUCUGUGGGGCCCAGCUCUCGGGUUCCCCAGGGCUGUGCUGUCUGUGGGGCCCAGCUCUCGGGUUCCCCAGGGCUGUGCUGUCUGUGGGGCCCAGCUCUCGGGUUCCCCAGGGCUGUGCUGUCUGUGGGGCCCAGCUCUCGGGUUCCCCAGGGCUGUGCUGUCUGUGGGGCCCAGCUCUCGGGUUCCCCAGGGCUGUGCUGUCUGUGGGGCUCAGCUCUCAGGUUCCCCAGGGCUGUGCUGUCUGCUCGUGGAUCUCACUGCCAUCUGCUUUCUGUCUGGGAACUCCAGCUGCUGUUCCCUGGCUGAGUUAACGCCGUGGUUGUGCAGAAGGUUCAGUGUGUGUUGAAUCACACAAAUCACACACGAUCCCACCAGGGGAUGUUAAUCAUGUGAGGACUGGGAUGCCUGGAAAUUCUCAUUUCAGGCAUUCUGACAUAGGAAGCUCUGACUUAAGCCACUGGAAUUGCAGAUCUCCCCUGGCGUGUGUUGUCCAGCCUCAGUAACGUGCAGAAUGUGCUCUCCAUGUACAUAUUGUAUGUAAGGUGCUUCUCCAGUCUGUUGGACUCGUGUCCCGUUACCCCAGGCAUUGCAUCCUGCAAGGGCUGCAGUGCUGAACACUCUGAAAUUCCAGUUUCCACAUGGAAAUGCUCGUGUAAAAAGAAAAAGGACAACCGUGCAGUAAUGACAGAGUGACCAGGAGAAUUAAAUAGGGGGGCAGAGUUGGAAAAAAAAAAAGGAUGAAAUUUUUCAGGCUGAUCCUGUUAUUCUGUAUAUUGCAUUAAGUACUGUCUCCUGUAAAAUUCUGCAUAGUUCACUAAAGAUAUUGAAAGAAAAUACUGUGGAAAUUAAAUAUUUUUGUGGGAACUA